UUUUCUUGGCCAUGCGGGAUUUUAUCGACGGUUUAUCAAGGAUUUUUCAAAAAUAUCAAAGCCUUUAACCAAUCUUCUCUCAAAAGAUGUGGAGUUUAAUUUUGAUGAAUCUUGCUGCGCCGCAUUUUCAAAACUCAAGUUGGCCUUAACUACUGCACCUAUUAUUAGGCCACCUGAUUGGAGUCUUCCCUUUGAACUCAUGUGUGAUGCAAGCGAUUAUGCCGUGGGAGCCAUUCUGGGUCAACGCAAAGGCAAAGAAGUAUAUGCCAUUUAUUAUGCAAGUCAUACUCUUGAUGAUGCCCAAUCAAAUUAUGCCACAACUGAAAAAGAGUUCUUGCCAUAAUUUUUGCCAUUGAAAAAUUCCGAUCUUACCUUAUCGGUAGCAAGAUUAUUGUCUAUACCGACCAUGCGGCUAUCAAAUACCUCAUCAACAAAAAAGAUGCAAAACCGAGGUUGUUGCGGUGGAUCUUGUUACUACAAGAGUUUGACAUGGAAAUCCGUGAUAGAAAAGGAUCUGAAAAUGUUGUUGCCGAUCAUUUAUCUCGACUGGAGAUUCCUUGUGAUACCAAGAUGCCAAUCAAUGAUUAUUUCAUUGGGGAACAACUUAUGACUGCUCAAAAUUUCGAUCCAUGGUUUGCCGAUAUUGCAAAUUACCUUUCUCAUGGGGUAAUUCCACAUGGUGCUACACAUACUGAAAAGAAGAAGUUAAAAUAUGACUCCCGCUACUAUCAUUGGGCAGAACCUUUUCUCUAUAGAAGGUGUGCCGAUGGAGUCAUUCGACGGUGUUUGCCCGAAGAUGAAGUUUCAAAUGUCUUGCACCAUUGUCAUUCCUCAGCAUAUGGGGGACAUCAUGGAAGCUCUCGUACUGCUGCAAAGAUUUUACAAUCAGGUUUCUUUUGGCCCACUAUUUUCAAAGAUGCAAGCAAAUUUGUGAAAAACUGUGAUCGUUGCCAACGUACCGGCAAUAUUGGAAGAAAGAAUGAAAUGCCUCAACAUGGCAUACUUGAAGUCGAAUUAUUUGACGUGUGGGGGCUCGAUUUUAUGGGGCCAUUUCCAAAAUCAAAUGGGAAAGAGUUCAUCCUUGUAGCUGUUGAUUAUGUUUCUAAAUGGGUAGAAGCAGCUGCCACACAGACAAAUGAUGCCAAAGUGGUGAUCCAAUUCAUUCAGAAAAAUAUUUUCUCCCGAUUCGGAGUUCCACGAUCUUUCAUCACCGACAAUGGUACUCAUUUUUGUAACAAAGCAUUGGAACGUGUCCUUUCCAAAUAUGGGAUUCACCACCGACUCUCAACUCCAUACCACCCGCAAACAAAUGGCCAAGUGGAACUUUCAAACCGAGAAAUCAAAACAAUUCUCGAGAAAGUUGUUAAUCCUUCCCGAAAGGAUUGGGCCGAAAAGCUUGAUGAUGCACUAUGGGCAUAUCGCACUGCUUACAAAAAUCCCAUCGGCACCUCACCAUUCAAAUUGGUGUAUGGGAAAUCAUGUCACCUUCCUGUUGAGGUUGAACACAAAGCAUAUUGGGCAAUCAAGACACUCAACAUGGAUCUUGCAUUGGCGGGUGAGAAACGACUGUUGCAGCUAAAUGAACUUGAAGAAUUCAGACUUGCAGCUUAUGAUAGCUCAAAACUCUACAAGGAGAGAACAAAAGUUUUGCAUGACCGGGUGAUCAGCCGAAGAAAAUUUGAACGGGGAGAUAAAGUUCUUCUAUUUAACUCACGUUACAAAUUCUUUCCCGGAAAGCUAAAGACCCGAUGGUUGGGUCCAUUUGAAGUACUUGAAGCAUUUCCAUCCGGAGCAGUCCAGUUGUUAAACAAAAGCGGCCAAAAACUCAUGGUAAAUGGACAACGGUUGAAACUAUACCAUGAUGGUGAGAGACAAGAGGCAACUUCUGUGUAUUGUCUCACUGAUCCGAAAUAUGAAUGAAGAGGCAUGGGUCAAGCUAAUGACCUUAAACGAGCGCUUCUUGGGAGGCAACCCAAGUUUGUAAAUUUCAAAAAAAAAAACAAAAAAAAAAAAAGCAAAAAAAAAAUGUCUAGGUUUUUGUUUUUGGACUCUAAAGGGGCCACAUCCGCUCGAAAAGACAUCUCAACAUCAUCCGUCCGCAAUUCAGGGAAGUUUUCUUUACACUCCUUUAAUUUAUUUUCCACUGAGGACAAUGCAAAUUUUAAGUGUGGGGGAGUGGGUAGUUCGACCCUAAUUUCUUGUGUGAAUAUUUUUUCUUUUUCCUUGCUUGUUUGUGUGAUUUUAUUUUCUUUUAUUUUUAUUUUGUGUGUUUGUUUAGAAAAGUAAAGACCAGUCUUGUCCAAAAUACAACAAUAGACAAACAACACAUUAGUUUACACUUUUUGUUACUAGUUACUUCCAUAACUUUUUAAAACUAUUCAUUCACCUCUUUUGACGAAAUGUGGUUUGAGUUUGAGAAGUGUCACUAUAAUUUUUUGAGAGUAACUUAGUAUUAGCUUUGAACUUGAUUCUUUUUAACACUUUAACAUUAAACACCUUAGAUUUUAUUUUUCCAAUUUAUUGGUUAAUAGUUGAAUUAGUGAAAGUUUAUGCAGAUUAAGAUGUUCAUACAUUUAUUCUCCUUGAAAUUUUAUUUGAACUUGACACAUUUAGAAAUGAUUUAGGCCAUCUUUGUUUACCCAUGAAGCCAAACACUAUCCCUUUGUAAAUAAAUAACACUUUCCAUAGUAAUCCCGUUCGAGCCUUUUCAGUGUACAAGUGUAAAAUAUCUUACUUCACUUGUCACUAAUUCUUUUUUAUUUGUAACCUUGUAAAUACAUAACCUUCUGAAGCCCUAUUCAAAGUUAAUCUUUUCUAAUCCUAGAGUAGAUUGUCUUGUUACUUGAGAGUAAAUAAAUGGAGCUACUAUUAAGUGUCAUAUGAGUGAAGUACAUAUUUGUUUGUAAAUUUUGGGGUUAGUUUUUCAUUGUAAUGUUCAGUGUGUGACCUCUUUGAAAAAAAAAUCAAAAAAAAAAAGAAAAAAGAAAAAAAAAGAGAUGGAAAAUUGAAAAAAAAAGACAAAAAAAAACAAAAAAAAAAACAAAGAGGCACAUUAAAUUCUUGUUGUAAUUUCUUUUGUAAAACCCCAUUUUUUUUUACUUUUCAUGUUUAUAUUUCUCAUUGUUUUGUAUGCUCCAAGUUGUUGUAAAUUCUUGUGAUGAUCCGCUCAGUAUUAGUACAAUCUAACUCUCUCUGUAUAUUCUUACACCAAACUUUCCUUCCAACUAGCCACACUCAUUAAUCUCGCCACUCACCGAAAAAAGUCCUAAUUGAUCUAUUUGUGUCAUUUUUUGAAUUUAGCGGAUUGGAGAAACUUGUUCUGCAUAACCCGAACUAAUUUAGAUCUAUAGGUGUUUGUGUUAAAAGUUUGAUUUGAAAAUCUUAGUGAUAGGCACAAAUACUCAGUUUACUCUCAUUGCGUUAUUUUGUGACAUUUCAGGGUAUUGGACCGUUUAGUGGACAUUAGAGAUGUAUGAGUGAUUUGUUUAGUUAUGUUUGUAAAUUUUACAAAAUUGUGUAUAUUUUUGUGUUUGUUGUUUGUUUUACUUGAGGACAAGCAAAAGCCUAAGUGUGGGGGAUUUGAUGUACUUAUAUUUUACACACUUUUUAGGCUUAGUUUGUUAUUAAUUUUAGUUAUUAAAAUUCUACUUUUGUACAUAUUUUUAUAAUUUGUCAUUAGUUUGUACUUGUGCAGUCCUACACGGGUAUUUUGUAUUUUCAGGUACUUUUGAUGCUAUUUGGAUACAUUAGAGUGAACAAAAGAAGAAAAAUAAAUGUUCAAGUUGGAGGUCAAUAAAAGUGGAAUUUCCUUCAAAACAAAUAAGGAGUAAAUUGAAGAAAAGAAUCAAAACUAAAAAUGAUGGAGGUGGGAUUCAAUCCCUGGAAAAAGGAUAGAAGAAUACCUACUAUAACCAGUGUGCUAAGUGAUCAAUGUUGUACAUAUUCAGCUGGCAAUUGUUAUAUUCCUUCUGAACGCGGCAAAGAAAAGAACAAAAUGUUGAAGCCGAGAAUUGAUCCCACGAUCUCCGAGUUUUCCUCUGAAGUGCUUAUCCGUUGAGCUACCUGCCACUUUUGAAACUUUAUUGCGCUUUGUUGUACAUAAACUCAUCUGUUCCGUAAAUUCCAGCAAUUAAUGAUUAAUCACCUUAUCAUUAUAUUGCCUUAAUCCAUCUUCCUCCACACAUAAGUUCGGACCAACCUCUCUCUAAACAUCCCAGAAACAUUUCCUCCUCCUUCUCUCUUCAUUUCUCAACCCCAAAUCAUCAACCCAUCUUCAACCAUAACUAAUCACUUUCUCAUCCAAGAUUAAGUCAAAAUUAGCAUCAAAGCUCCAAGGAUUGUCAUCUAUCACAAGUUUGAUCUUCCUUAUCUCAUUAAAUCUUGUAUUUUAAUCAUGGAUUCAUCUAUUUCUAUGUUUCCCAACAUGUAUAGCUAAAUAAAUUUGGGGCUAGAAAUUGGUUAAUUAAUUGUUCUUAUCAUGUUUUAAUUUGUAUUGAUUUUAAUUGUUAAGUUUGUUCUAUUUAGAUUGUUGUGUCCAGAAAAUUAAUUAUGUCGUGUUUGUGAUAUAUAUUAUGAGUACUCAAUCAUAAACAUAUUGUUUGUUAAAUACACAAAUGAACACUUUCUGAACACACCGUUAAACUUCUUUUACCUUGUCCCGGAUUGAAGUUUUACGGGAGAAUUUAAUUAUUUAAUUAUAUUAUUUACACCACGGGGUUGGGUAAAUAAUAUAGUUAAUAAUUAAGGUUGCCGUUGCACUUAAACAACUAGUCUCAUUUUGGCCAUCACUGGGAAAUGUUGACUAGUUACUUAUUUUAGGUGACUUGUGUUGGGUCCUAAAAUAUUUAUCUACAACUUCUCACAAUCUAUCUAAGAAUAAAAUUAGCAAUUAUGUCUUACAAAUGAGCAUUGAACAAUUAGUUGCCAAUUUCUACCCCUACUUGCUAUUGGUUGAACUUUGUGUUGAUAAAAAUCUCUUCUCUCAAUCACUUUUAUUUAAUUACUUUUCCAAGCAAACAAAAAUCAAAAGAAACGCAUUCCCAACUUCAAUCCUUAGUUUGUGCUUAAUUAUUUUAUUUCCCGCUUCUCUGUGGUUCGACACCCUACUUCCUUGGGUAAAAAAAUAGUUGUGUGCCCAUUAUAUGCUACACACCA